AUGUGCCGAUCCAUUGAGCUCGCCAAGUCGCGCGCCUCUCCUUCUCCUCGUCUGGCACUGACACUGCACCCUCCUUCUCCCCGUCUGGCACCGCACGCGACUCGAUACGACGAAGUCGACAGCGGGCCUGGACGAGGAGGUCGACAGCGGGACCCGACGACGAAGUCGGCAUCGAGCGACUCGACGACGAAGUCGACAGCGGGACUGGACGACGGAGUCGAUAUCGAGCGACUGGACGACGAAGUCGACAGCGCGACUCGACGACGCAGUCGACAGCGCGACGCGACUCGACGACGAACGAAGUCGACAGCGAAGUCGACAGCGCGCGACUGGACUGGACGACGAAGUCGACAGCGCUCCUGGACGACGAAGUCGACAGCUAGCGACCCGACGACGAAGUCGACAGCGCGACUGGACUCGACAACGAAGUCGACAGCGCAGGACUCGACGACGAAGUCGGCAGCGUACGACUGGACGACGAAGUCCACAGCGGGACCCGCGGACGACGAAGUCGGCAGCACCACUGGACGACGAAGUCGACAGCGCGACGCCACUGGACGACGAAGUCGACAGCGGGACUCGACGACGAAGUCGACAGCGGGACUAGACGGCUCGACGAAGUCGACAGCGGGACUCGACGACGAAGUCGACAGCGCGACUGGACCUCGAGGUCGACAGCACCUGACUCGCCGACGACGAAGUCGACAGCGCGACUGGACUGGACGACGAAGUCGACAGCGGGACUGGACGACGAAGUCGACAGCGCGACUCUCCUUCUCCUCGUCUGGCGCUGCACGCGACUCGACUCGAAGUCGACAGCAUGACGGGACGACGAAGUCGACAGCGCGACUUGACGACGAAGUCGACAGCGGGACUAGACGAAGUCGACAGCACAGGACGCGACGACGAAGUCGACAGCGGGACGCGACGACGAGGUCGACAGCGCGACUCGACGACGACGUCGACAGCGCGCGACGCGACGACGAAGUCGACAGCGCGACUCGACGACGACGUCGACAGCGGGACUCGACUCGAGGUCGACAGCGCGACUCGAUGACGACGUCGACGGCGCGACGCGACGACGAAGUCGACUGCGCGAUUGGACGACGACGAAGUCGACAGCGGGACUCGCCGACGAAGUCGACAUGGCGCGCGACUGGACUCGAAGUCGACAGCGUGACUGAACUAGACGACGAAGUCCACAGCGCGCGACUCGCCGACGGAGUCGACAGCGCUCCUGGACUCGAAGUCGACAGCGGCGGGACUCGACCUCGAAGUCGACAGCGGGACUCGACUCGAAGUCGACAGCGCGACGCGACGACGAAGUCGACAGCGGGACGCGACUCGAAGUCGACAGCGCGACGGGACUGGACGACGAAGUCGGCAGCGAGGUCAAGAGGGAUUUCGACUCGACUCGGGUCGACAGCGCACGACUGGACGACGAAGUCGACAGCGCGACUCGCCGACGAAGGCUACAGCGCGACGCGACUGGACGACGUCGACAGCGCGUCUGGACGACGAAGUCGGCAGCGGGACGCGACUGGACGACGAAGUCUACAGCGCGACUCUCCUCCCCCGUCUGAAGCUGCGCGCGACUGGACGGUGAAGUCGACAGCGUACGACUCUCCUCCUCCGCCGUCUGAUACGCGACUGGACGACGACGAAGUCUACAGCGUGACUCGACUCGAAGUCGACAGCGCGACUCUCCUCCCCCGGUCUGACAAUGCGCGGGACUCGACGACGAAGUCGAGGUCGACAGCGCUCCUGGAUGAAGAAGUCGACAGCGCGACUCGCCGACGAGGUCAACAGCGCAACUGGACUCGACUCGAAGUCGGCAGCGCGACUGGACGACGAAGUCUACAGCGCGACGCCCCUGGACGACGACGUCGACAGCGGGACUGGACGACGAAGUCGACAGCCAGCGCACGACCUCGAAGCCUAAAGCUAGCGACUCGACGCCGCAGUCGACAGCGCACAGGACUCGAUGACGAAGUCUACAGCGCGCCUGGACUCGAAGUCGGCAGCGCAACGCGACCCGACGACGAGGUCGACAGCGCGGCUGGACGACAAAGUCGGCAGCGGGACUCGAAGACGAAGUCGACAGCGGGACUGGACCUCGAAGUCGACAGCACGACUCUCCUCCUCCCUCGUUGGGCACUGCGCGGGACUCGACGACGAAGUCGACAGCGCGACUCUCCUUCUCCUCACCUGACACAGCGGGACUCGACUCGAAGUCGACAUACAGCGGGACUCGACUCGAAGUCCACAGCGCGACGCGACGAACGAAGUCGACAGCGGGACUCGACGACGAAGUCGACAGCGCGCGACCCGCGGACGACGAAGUCGACAGCGCUCCUGGACGACGCAGUCUAUAGCGCGACUCUACGACGAAGUCCACAUCGAGCGGGACUCGACGUCGAAGUCGACAGCUGCACUUCGACGACGAAGUCAUCUGACACUGCGCGCAACUGGACGCGACUCGAAGUCGACAGCGCGACGCCACUGGACCUCGAAGUCGACAGCUAGCGACUCGCUUCGACGAAGUCUACACUGCGCGCUCCUGGACGACGACGUCGACAGCGCGACUCGACGACGAAGUCAACGGCGCGACUGGACGACGAAGUCGACAGCGCGACUCUCCUCCCCCGGUCUGACACUGCGCGGGACUCGACUCGAGAUCGGUAGCGCGACUGGACGACGAAGUCGGCAUCGAGCGACUCGACUCAACGUGGUCGGCAUCGAGCGACUCGACGACGGAGUCGACAGCGGGACGCCACUGGACGACGGAGUCUACCGUGCGAAUCUCCUUCUCCCUCGUCUAGUACAGCGCGACUCGACGACGAAGUCUACAGCGCGACUCGACGACGAAGUCGACAGCGGGACUCUCCUUCUCCUCGUCUGACACUGCACGCGACUCGACGACGAAGUCGGU